AUGUAUAAUUCUGUUAUAAAAUCGUCAUCGAAUAUUUCGUUGAAUGCCAACGAAUCAACAUCCGUUGGCACAUUGAAUUCAAAUUAUUUACCGAUUAUGCGUAAUGAUUACAGUUUGGAUAGUGUUUGUUGUACGAAACGAACUCUGCAUACAUUUUCACAUAUGUGGAUUGUAGAAAAUUUCUCAUCGUACCUUGAAGAUCCCGAGCCAAUUAUAUGUUUAUCAUCAGCACCGUUCAGUCCAGUAUCAGGUAUGAGUAUAUCAACGCAAUGGCGACUUGUUUGUUAUCCGAAAGGCAAUUAUGGUGCAUCCUCAAAUUAUAUGUCAAUAUUUCUUGAAUAUAUUAAAGGUGAACGUGAUAUAAAAGCAAAAGCUGAAUAUUCACUUGUCAAUCGCAAAUGCGAAUUGACUGAAAUGCGUAAAGAUAUACAGUUUUCAGUUUAUAAAUGUGGUAAUUCGCGUGGUUUUAUUAAUUAUGUUAAAUAUGAUACAAUAACAUUACUCGAGAAUGAAACACUCGAUGAGGAUAAACUUAAAAUUUAUGUACGUAUAACAAUAAUGGACGAUGCCAUAACUGAAGACACGAAGUAUCAAGAAUUUGAAGAUGUCGAUAGCGUGAAUUUUGCCACGCGCGGUUUUGAAAGUCUUGUAAAAGAUUUUACACAACUUUUACUGCAUUCAACACAAAAAAUGAGUGACAUUAAAGUGCGAGUUACGGUACCAUAUUCAUCAUACGAUGAUGAUGCAAUGCAAGCGCCUGUUGUUUUUCAUGCUCAUAAAUUAAUUCUUGCUGCACGAUCGCCUGUAUUCGCUGCUAUGUUUUCAAAUCGUACAUUAGAAAAUACAACAAAUACCAUUGAUAUCAAUGAUUUACAUCCGAAUACAAUACAAUCGAUGUUAGAAUAUAUAUAUACAGGCAGAGUAACGGAUAUAAAAAAAUCUACAGUUGAAUUGUAUCGUUGUGCUGAUAAAUAUCAAUUAGAAGAUUUACGUUCACAAGCCGAAGUUGCUCUAAUGAGCUCGAUAUCAAUUGAUUCGUGUGCUGAAAUUUUACUACUCGCCGAUCAACACCAUUCGAAAGAUCUUAAAUCUCGUGUUAUUCAAUUUAUUAUUGGUGGUAAUCUCAAGGCUAUAAUACAAACAGAUGGUUGGCAUAGAUAUGUUGCCUGUAUUCCAGACUUAGUUACCGAAGUAAUACAAGCAACGACGAUUGAAUAG